CCUCCGUAGAGUCGCUCGCUUCAAACAUGGCAGCUUCCAUGUGUUAACGUGAGAGCGAACCGCAAGCGGUGUGUAACAGAGAGUAAACAGCUAGCACAGGGGUGCCCGUUGCUUUGGAAACAAAAUAAUAAAACUUCUGCGAAAACAGGAGAGCCAGUGUCCACGCAGAGGAGGUGACACGGCCAUUGUGGCUUUAUGCUGGUGCGGACAGCCCGGCUGUUCCCCUUCAUCAUCUCCCAUCACCUGCAUCCCUCUCGCACGCAUUCAGCCGGACACGGAUUUCGGUGGAGUGCAGCUGCUGCUAGCAGGGGAGUGAGAUUCAUGGAAACUGAAGUUCCUGCCUCUAACCCUCCAGCUGCAUCUGCUGAAUCUUCAGCAGAUGGCACGGGCCAGUCCGCCACUAUCUCUACAGGUGACCAGGAGAAGAUGCCUUCUGUGGGACUGUUACCAGGAGAGACAGUGGUUAAAGAGGGAAAGGCAGCCAUCUUGUUCCCCAGUGCCAAUGAGGUGUUUUAUAACCCAGUGCAGGAGUUCAACAGAGAUUUAACAUGUGCUGUGAUCACAGAGUUUGCGAGAGAGCUGCUGGCUCAGCGAGGGGUGAAGGUGGUGGUGCCAGGUGAAUCGGAGAGGGUGGUGGUCUCUCUGUCAGAGGAGACAAACGAGGCCGAGGCACAGACGGAGGAGAAAAACGGAUCAGAGGAGCCAGCUGUAACGGCAGCUGCGGGGGAGAGAUGUGAGCGUGGUCUGCGUGUCCUGGAGGGCCUAGCAGCAUCUGGUUUGCGCUCGGUGCGUUUUGCUCUGGAGGUCCCAGGUCUGCAGAGCGUCACUGCCAACGACUUCUCUGCUAAGGCGGCGGCUCUGAUCGCCAGGAAUGCCCAGUACAACGGAGUGAGCCACCUGCUCCAGGCCAGCUGCAGAGAUGCCAGCAUGCUGAUGUAUGACAUGCGAGCGAAGAAGGAUUGCUAUGACGUCAUUGAUCUGGAUCCCUACGGUAGCCCGACCUCUUUCCUGGAUGCUGCCGUUCAGUCUGUCAGUGAAGGAGGGAUGUGGAAAGCUCUGCGUAUCAUCCUGCACAGUUUGGACCAGAGGGCAGGAGUGUACCAGCGAUACAUCCAGCCCCUGCUGUCCGUCAGCGUCGACUUUUACAUUCGAGUCUUCGUCCGCGUCUUCACAGGACAGGCUACAGUCAAAAACUCAGCCAGUAAGCAGGCGCUGGUGUACAACUGUGUCGGCUGCGGGGCUUUCCACUUGCAGAGAAUGGGCAGGAGAACAAGCAACGGAAAACACAUGAAGUAUUCUGCUGCCACCGGGCCACCGGUUGGACCAGAAUGUGAGCACUGCGGACAGAGACAUCAGCUGGGCGGUCCGAUCUGGGCAGAGUCCAUCCACGACCUGGAGUUCGUCCAGAAGGUUUUGUCUGCCGUGUCGGGGAACCCUUGCAGGUUUGGGACAUCUAAACGCAUUGAGGGCGUGCUGAGCAUGGUGACUGAGGAGUUGGAGGAUGUGCCGCUUUAUUACACCGUGGACAAUCUGAGCAGCACGAUACACUGCAAUACUCCAUCCCUGCUCCAGUUCAGGUCUGCUCUCCUCCAUGCUGGCCACAGGGUCUCCCUCUCUCACGCCUGUAAAAACGCCAUCAAAACAGACGCCCCUCCUGCAGCCAUCUGGGACAUCAUGCGAUGCUGGGAGAAAAUCAACCCUGUAAAGAGGGAGAAAUUAUCUCCGACCAGCCCCGCAUUCAAGAUCCUCUCCACUGAGCCCAGCUUUGAGGCCUGUUUCACUGUAAGGGAGGACGCCAACCCUCAGUCCCGUAAGCGCCACCUGACCCGGUUCCAGGAGAAUCCUCAGGCCUUCUGGGGACCCAAAGCUCGCGCCAAAGCUGGUGGUGGAAUCUCUGCUGACCUGCAAGACAAGAGGAAAAAGUUCCAGAACAAGAGAAAGAACCAGAUCACAGACUCUUCUCAGCUCAAGACCUUCCUCUGCAAGAAGUUCAAACAGGGAACAUGUACCCACGGAGACGAGUGCUGCUACUUCCAUGACUCGGAGCAGACAAAUGAACAGAAAACAGAGUGAUGACUCUAUAUUUUUCCUUUAUUUUAAAAUAAUCUUAUUUCUGGAAUUUGAAUGGAUGUUUGAAUGUUGCACAGCAGACUGUUUUGGCUUUUAAAAGUUACUGUACAUAACAUUUCCAUGAUUUAGUUCUAUACCAGAGGGUUUUUUCUUUUUGACUGUCAGCCUGUGUUCACACCAAUAAAGUCAUUGC